AUGGCAUCUUCACAGCGUCUCGGCAUUCUCCCAAGGGGCCUAUUACGACCUAGAGCCCUUGCCUCACGCAUCCAACCCAACGCGAGCCGGCGCAAGUCAGGUCCCUACGGGUACACCCAGGCCAAAGGGCUUGUCUUCUCGAAACCAGGCGAACCACAAGACGCGCUCUCCCUCCACGCACACUCCAUCUCUCCCAGCAUCCCCUCCUCCGCCCUUCUCGCACGCACCCUCGCCGCACCCAUCAACCCAGCCGACAUCAACACCGUCCAGGGCACCUAUGGCGCGAAACCCCCCUUCACAUCGCUGAUCGGCACGGCAGAGCCGUCCGCCGUGCCAGGCAACGAGGGUGUCUUCGAGGUCCUCGCCGCCCCGGGCGGUAGCGACAUCCACAAGGGCGACUGGGUGAUCCCCGCCAAGUCCCAGUUCGGGACCUGGCGUACCCACGCCGUCGCCGAGGCGGACGACUUUAUCAAGAUUGACAAGCAGGGGCUAAACCCGCUGCAGGUCGCGACGGUGAGCGUCAACCCUUGCUCGGCGUACCGCAUGCUCCGUUCCUACGGUCCCAGCGCUGGCUUGAAAGACGGUCUCGGCAUGCGCCCACUCGAAGUUGGCUCGGGGGCGUGGUUCAUCCAGAACGGGGCCAACUCGGGCGUCGGCCGCGCCGCGAUACAGUUUGGCCGUCUGUGGGGGCUGAGGAGCAUCAACGUGAUCCGCGAGAGGGACUCGGCCGAGGAGACGGACGCGCUGAAGCGGGAGAUGUACGACCUGGGCGCGGACGUGGUCGUCACGGACGCGCAGCUGCACAGCAGGGAGUGGAGGGACCAGCUGGCCGAGAUCACGCGCCAGGGGCGGGAGAAGAUUGGCCUCGGGCUAAACUGCGUAGGCGGGAAGAACGCGACGGCGCUGGCGCGGUCGCUCAGCGAGGGGGGCACGCUCGUCUCGUAUGGCGGCAUGGCAAAGCAGCCCGUCGCCCUGCCGGUGGGCCUGCUGAUCUUCAAGGACAUCCGCUUUGUCGGCUUCUGGCUGUCCAAGUGGAACGAGAAGGACGUUCAGGGCAGGAAGCACAUGAUCAACGACAUCCUGGACUUGAUCCGCAGCGGCAAGUUCAAGGAUGUGCCCGUGGAGGAGGUGCCCUGGCACUGGGAGACGGAAGAGGCUACGCUCAAGGACGCCGUGCAGGCCGGUCUCGGUGGAUUCAGGAAAGGAAAGGGGGUGUUUGUGUUUGGUGACACAUAG